AUGCAGCUCCCUCCGGUGUCGGUUAUUGCCUCCUGGCCUAAGCCCAAUUAUGACAAUCCACCAGAGGUUCAUGGCCCUGCCAUCAUAAUCAUGACAGCAAUUUUCAUGCCCCUGAUGCUGGCCAUCAUCGGCAUCCGUAUAUUCACACGCAUCCGAAUAUUGAGAAGUUUUGGUUGGGACGAUAUAUUCAUCAUUGCCGCUGCUCUUCCCACUCUCGGCUGUGGGAUCAUCACCACCACUGCAGCCAUCACCUUGGGCUGGAACCGCCAUAUUUACGACGUUCCUAUCUGGCAGCUUAUUCUAGGCCUUCGACUGACGAUGCUAUUGGAAUGUCUCUUUGCUACCGGCUGUACGCUCACUAAACUCUCGCUUCUAUUUUUUACCCGGAAGAUCAUGAAAGGCAGUGGAAGUCCGGCGUUGCAGUGGACUGUGGUUAUCAACAUCUGGAUCGUUGCUGUCGAACUUAUUAUCUUCAUUUUGGUGGUCGUACCGGUAUCUCUCUAUUGGACGCUGUCUAUUCUGCCCCAGAACUGCGUCAACGAGAGUGCCCAUUUACUAGCUAGCGGUGCAAUUAACACCGCAACCGACAUCAUUGUUAUUGUCUUGCCGAUUCCCAGCGUUAUGUCUCUCAGCUUGCCCACGCGGCAGAGGAUCAUUCUUAUCCUCCUCUUUGGUGCUGGUUUCGGAGUCUGUAUUGCCGGUGGUGUGCGUGCAUACUACACCUACCGACUGAAUAUUGCCCACGACAAGACGUGGGAAGCCUACUACCUCUGGAUCUCCGGUACCGUUGAACUCUACGUUGGUGUGAUUGGGGCUUCGCUCGCAUCAUUACGGCCGUUCUUUGCGCGCUACUUCCCAUCUAUCUUCGGCAACCAGCGUGAGCGGGCAUCGUACGCUUUCGCAAGUACAAUAGCACGGCGCUACGGCUUCCGCCGUUCGAGCCGUGGUAAGCCAAAGCCCAGGAAAGUAAAGGAGGUCAGCGAGGCUACCACCGUUACCAUGAACUGCGACUAUGACUUUGACCUGGGGUACCUCCGCACCCAGAAGAGUGAGAUGGGUCCGGUAGCUACAGGGUCCCGAGAUGGGGCCGUAGAAGAGUCCAGCGUCGGCAUGCCCCCCGCAGAAACGGCAACAUGGACUGCGGCAACAGGGGCUGUGGAGCAAUGAUAUGUGUUACGGCGUCCUGGAGUCAGGGGGUACAUACAAACCCCUUUUCAAUGGAAUCCUUUUUAAACCCAAGCAAACCCGGUGCUGGUGUAUAAAGCUGCAGAGUAAUGGACGUUUCUGAGCCGCUGCCUGCAACGGCUCUUCAGGGGCUUCCUCAGCCGACG